UGAUAUGUACUCUUGAUAUAAAAAUGUGUCAUUUCGUGUGUUCAUACAAGUAUAAUAUGUUAAUGAUAAAGAAAAGUUCUUAACGAAACGAACAUAGGCAUUUGUAGGCCUUUAUUUGUCACAUAAACAUUAAACAUAAAUUCUUCACACAUCUCAGCAGCUCUUGGAACAGGGCCUUGCUCAAGGGCAGAGUGGUGGUGCUGGGGCUUGAACCACUGACCUUCUGAUCAGUAACCGAGAGUCUGGAUUACCACGACUCAGUUAUAUACAUAGCAGAGAGUUUUUGGACAUGGUGGAAAUGAAAAAGAAAAGAAAGCACCUGAAUGCACUUCACAUUGUACCUAAGCAAACAGGUGGCGUUUUCAUUUCAGUGCACCUGUUCCUUUAAGACUUCCUCUCCAAGUUGCGUAGAUCCUUCAUGAAUGAAACCACGUGACCAAACAUCAUAUGACGUCUGGCCUCCUCGGCACAAGAGAAAGCGGAUCAACAAGGAGAAGGUGGGAGUGUUACAACAAUUUCCGAAGCGGCGUCGGCAAAAAAAAACUUCACCUUCGCCGACUCGAACUUGUACUUCUGAACCGGUGCCAGAGCCUGAGACGCGUCCCGGGUCCCAUUCGAUCUGUGUGGUUUACAAGCGGCUCUCGUGGCAUGACGACCACUAACAAGGGAAACAAAGCCUUGAAGGUGAAGCGGGAGCCAGGCGAGAAUGGCACGAGCCUCACAGACGACGAGCUGGUGUCGAUGUCGGUGCGCGAGCUCAACCAGCACCUGCGCGGCCUCUCCAAGGAGGAGAUUGUACAGUUGAAGCAGCGGCGGCGCACGCUCAAAAACCGUGGCUAUGCUGCCAGCUGCCGAGUCAAGCGUGUCACGCAGAAGGAGGAGCUCGAGCGUCAAAAAGCCGAGCUCCAGCAGGAGGUGGAGAAGCUUGCUUCAGAGAACGCCAGCAUGAAGGUGGAGCUCGAUGCCCUGCGCUCCAAAUAUGAGGCGCUGCAGAGCUUCGCUAGGACUGUCGCUCGUGCACCUGCGGUGCCUAUCAGCAACGCUCCCGUUUCCGCCCGAGGGUCCCUGGCCUCCGUCAUUGGGCCACUCGUACCGGGGAAGGUGGGCGCCACCAGCGUCAUCACGAUAGUCAAGUCCAAAACAGAUGCUAGGUCUUAGUACAGGCCAGUAAGGAGAGAGAGAGAGAGAGAGAGAGAGAGAGAGGAGGAGGGGAGAGGGAGAAAGAGAGAGAGAAAUGGGCUUGGUCAGUGCAUCACGAUUUAGGCACGGGACAGAAUCAAUAAGAGGUCAAAUUGGUGCAAAUUGUUCCAGAUUUCUGUGAGAUGGAGCCUGACGUGGAGGACAGGUACCUAAGAAGGCCAUGUCCUCAACAUAUGCUGAUACUUCCACCUGAAUUGGUCAAUACAGAAUAUUUCUGUAUCACACGCUUCCGAAACCAUCAAAACCACCAUCAUGGACAAUUAGGACGACUGGGCUUCCAGAAAAAUCUCCACAUUUGAAUGAAAUUACAAGUAUUUUCAAAAAAAAAAAAAGAAACAGCAAAACUGUUUUGUCCCACAUGACUGCAACGAUUGCUGGAUUUAUAGUCUUUAUACUUAGUUUUUUGUAUGAUAUUGUUGGACUUUAGGGCCCAAGUGUAUUAUUUUUGUCAGGUUUUUAUGCAAUAUUUGAACUUCAUUGUGUUGCUGUGUUUUGUACUUCCAUCUUUUUCCUGUGUCAGAGAACUCGGUCACAAAACAGACAUACACUCUGUACACUUUUAAUCUCCACCUUGUGUUUAGAAACACAAGGACGUGGAAUAAAGACGUUUUUUUUUUUCUUUUUUUUUUUUUUU